UUCCGUCACCGCUCCCAGAAUUAGUCAUUGUACAAAAUGGCAUCUAUUUUUUGGAAUGAAUGGUUUUGGCUCCCAGAAGGAGUAACGUGGAACGAUUUAAAUAGCGAAGAGAGUGAGAAAUAUCAACCACAAGUGAAAGAUUUAAGAAUAGUACUAUAUCUAGCCAUUUUUGUGUUCCUAAUACGAAAAAUACUCGAACGAUUUUUGUUUACAAAGAUAGGAGAAUAUUUUAGUAUUAGAGACAGAGUUCCAAAAAAAGCACCAAAAAAUCCUAUAUGUGAGAAUAGUUAUAAAAUACGUAAAUUUCCUAAAGAGGAUGCAUUACUGCAAUUAUCUAAACAAACAGAUUUGUCAGUAAGACAGAUAGAAAGAUGGUUUCGUGUUCGAAGAAAUCAAGACCGUCCCAGUAUGAUGUGUCGCUUCACAGAGGCAGCAUGGAGGUUUACCUUCUAUUUCAGUAUCUUUAUGUAUGGAAUAUGGGUUUUAUGGGAUAAAGAAUGGUUUGCAGAUUCUACUUAUUGCUGGAAAGGAUAUCCUUAUCAUUACCUGUCUUCUGGAAUAUUUUGGUAUUAUCAAAUAGAGAUGUCCUUUUACUGGUCAUUACUGUUUUCACAGUUUUUUGAUAUAAAGAGAAAAGAUUUUUGGGAAAUGUUUUUUCACCAUCUAGCUACAAUAUUUUUACUGACUUUUUCUUGGAGUUUAAAUUUUACACGAGUUGGAACUCUAGUUUUAGUGAUACAUGAUGCAGUAGACUUUUGGUUAGAGGGUGCAAAGUGUGCAAAGUAUGCUGGAUUCCAGAAAAUAUGUGAUGCUGGUUUUGCCAUCAUGGGUAUAGUUUGGUUUGUCACAAGAUUAGUUAUAUACCCUUUCAAGGUGUUAAAGACAUCUUGGUUUGAGUGCAAGUCUAUUGUUGGAAUUUACCCGUCAUUAUACGUUUUCAAUGCAAUGUUGCUGGUUCUACUUAUACUGCAUGUAUACUGGUUCAAGCUGAUAGUGAUUGUAGCAUACAGAGCUAUAUGUAAGAGUGACGAGGAAAUCACAGAUAUACGGAGCUCUACAGAAGAAGAAGUAAGCGAAGAAGCUGAAGCUGAUAGUAAUGAUACAGCUUCCUCUAAUCAUAUAGCCAAUCAUCAUGAUGGCAAAAAAGCUUUGAAACUUUUGUCAAGAAAUACAACUUCAAAGGCAUCAGUUGAUGACUGUUUACCCACCGACCAAUCAUCAGCCUGUAAUCAUCAUGAUAAAUGAUACUCAGUGCCUAAACAAAGGUUGUGAAAAACCUUGUCAAUGACUCCAUAACAUCAUAACUAAUAAGAGUCUGAACGUCAGGUUUAUAUAAUUCCAGCUGGAGAAAAUCCCAUGUUUUGAUUGUAGAAUAUCCAACGACAAAUUUUGUAUAUAAUGAUAAUGAGAUUGCAACAUUGUAAAUAUCUUCAGUUCAGUCAUUUGAAGCACUAAUGUCAUUUAAUUUAUGAAGCAUUGUCUUUUAUUAUUUAAAAGAAUGUAAAGAAAAUAUUUUGUAUCAUGAUGUAUACUGUUGCAUGUUGCCUUAAUGCUUAUUUACUUUCAGCAUUACUCUUUUAGUAAAUUAUUUAUUCUUUAAAACAAAAUGGGUAAAGAAUUUGAAAAAAAGAAUCCUAAAAUGUUUGAUACGAUUAAGUGAAACACGUGGUCACACAAGUCUAUUAUGGUUCACCUAGUUAAUAGAGCCAGUAUGAGUUAUAAACUUUAAUUUGUGACCAUCAUGUAUUAACAUUUAGAAUUUUUCCUCUAAAAUUUCUGUUUCAUUUGAAACAUAAAUUGGCACAAAUAAUAAGAAGUGUAUUUUUAUGCCCCCGCCGCAGCGGAGGGACUAUUAAGUUUUACCCUUGUCCAUCUGUACGUCCGUAUGUACGAACGUCCCAAAGCUGGUUUCCAUUCUCUAACUUUAGUUUGCCUUAACCAAAUGUUAUGAAACUUAUACACAAUGCUUAUUACCACAAAACACAGAUCAAGUUUGAAAAUGGGUAGCGUCACUUGUACUAUUCUUGAGUUAUGCCCUUUAUAAACAUAAAAAUUGCUGAAUUUUUCCUUUCUGUUCUCUGACUUUAGUUUGCCUCAACCAAAUAUUAUGACACCUAUACACAAUGCUUAUUACCACAUAAUACAGAUCAAGUUUGAAAUUGGGUGGCGUCACUUUUACUGUUCUUAAUUUAAGCCCCUUUAUAUAAGCAUAAAAAUUGCUGAUUUUUUUUCGUUUCCGUUUUCUAACUUUAGUUUGCCUCAACCAAAUGUUAUGAAACUUAUACACAAUACUUAUUACCACAAAACUCAGAUCAAGUACAAAUUAGGGUAGCGUCACUUUGACCGUUCUUCAGUUAUAUCCCUUUAUAACUUUAUUAGAUAUGCAAGUGGGGGCAUCAUCUGUGUCCCAUGGACACAUUCCCCAUUUAUUUAAAUCUCUUACCAUGUUCCACUUUCACCAAGAUUAGCACAGCCUGUAUCAAGAUCAAAGAUUUCUUACUAACAAGAUUAAUGCAUGGCUGUUUUGGGGCACAUAGAUACACCCAUUAUACACUGUUGUAAGAAACAAAAUUUUAAAGACUGAAACAACAAGGUAAAACAGAUUUAAUUUUUUUAGGAAUAAUGACUUUGAGAUCUUGUACAAUAAAUCCUUUUGAUUUGACAUCAUUAGGCAAGGUAGGCAAUACAGGCUCACACGAACCUCUUAUCUUGAUUUAGAUUUUAUACAUUUUUGAUAAAUUAUUUUAUUUUUAUAGACCACAAAAUCUUUGCAGUCAUCUAAUGGUAUUAUGACGUUGUCUCCGUCAUUGUCCUUGUCCAAAGACAUUUGGUUUUAAGGCAAUAACUUAAGUUUAAGUGUAUGGAUCUUAAUGAAAUUGUACCACAAGGUUCCAUACCAUAACAGGAAGGUUGGGACUGAUUUUGGGGUUAUUGUCCUAAUUGUUUAGGAAUUGGGGGCCAAAAACAAGCAUUUUUCUUGUUUCAGGACAAUAACUUGUGUAUAAGUGUAUGGAUCUCUAUGAAAUUGUACCACAAGGUUCCAUAUCUCAACAGGUAGGUUGGGAUUGAUUUUGGGGGUUAUGGCCUAACCAUUUAGGAAUUAGGGGCCAAAAAACUAGGAUUUUCAUGUUUCCAAACAAUAGCUUCAGUAUAAGUCUAUGGAUCUCUCUGAUAUUGUACAAUACCAUAAAAGAAAGAUUGAGAUUGAUUUUGGGGGUUAUGGCCCUAACCGUUUAGAAAAAAGGGGCCAAAAAACAAUACUUAAUAUUUUGUAUAAAUUGCUUAUUUCUUGACCAUUUUCAAUUGGGAUUAAUUUAUAGUCUUGAAUUCUUGGGGUUCUUUAAUUUGCUGAAUCUAACCAUGUAUUUAGAUUUUGGAUAUUGGACUAUAAUAGGUAAAAGUUCAAUAUCAAAAUUUUCAGUUCUUUGGCCACACUAAUUCUGUGUCAGAAACCUAUGCUGUGUCAAAUAUUUAAUCCCAAUCAAAAUUCAGAGCUGUAUCAAGCUUGAAUGUAGUGUCCAUAUUGUCCCAACUGUUCAGGGUUUGACCUCUGCGGUCGUAUCAAGCUGUGCCCAUCGGAGGAUUUUAUUUUCUUUGAUAUGUUAUUACUUUAUUUAUUAGAUCUUUGCAUACUUAUAGGGGGAACUGUUGCAGUUUUUAAAACAAAAAAUCCUGAAGACACAGUACUACCUCAUGUUAAGUUGUCGUCUCCACAAACAUCUUUUUUUACCAUAAAAGCAGACUCAUAAAUACAACUUAUUUUUGUGAGAAAAAAAUUGAAUUUGCUAAAUGAGCUUUGAUAAAAAAAGUUAAGAUUUAAGUUAGUCUUUAGUCAGAUUUUAUUUAUCAUACCUAAAGAAAAGCCCAGACUAAAUUAAAAAAGUAAAGCCUAAAACAAAUUUGAGGAAUGGCAAAAGAAUUUAUAGAAAUUCAUUUUCUGAAGGAAUUAUUUAUUUUUCAUAGAUUAAGAGGACACAUGUUGCUGUUUUUAAAUUUAUGAAGACUUAAUUGUAAGUUCUAAGAUCAUUAUUUUUAGUAUUUGCUUUGUUUCACAAUAACAAUGAUAUUUUCCACUAUAUUUCAUAAUAGUUAAACCACUUUAUGAGACAUGACUUUUUUUAUUUUAGAUAAUGAAUAUAUUGAUCAAAAUUAUUUUUCUUUUCACUGUAUGAAGUUUUUGUUAACAGUCAAUUAAUUAUCUAUUUAUGUUUGGAUAAAAUUCUCUUUGGCCAUUAUCAUACCUUUAUACAUAUAUAUAUACAUGUACAUGUAUAAACUAUUAAAAAAAUUGAAAAUAAUGAAAUAUUGACUGACAUUUUUAAGUGUUUUUUUUUUUUAGAAAAUCAAUAUGAGGGAAAUGAAAGCAUAUAGGAAACUAACAGGCUUCAGUCGCCAUAAACAAGGACGACUUUUAACAUUGAAAACUUUAUCAACAAGAUGGCACAGUCACUUUUUAACACAAUUUACAAUUAUACUGCUGCAAGAAAAUAGUACCAGCAUUAUGCGACUGGGCAUUGAUAAGACUGUGGGCAUCAUAAAUGUCUGUUCUUGCAUCCAAUUCUUAAUCAAAUGUUCUUUGUUGCUUGGACACAAGUAAGCCUUGUAUUAAGAUUUAAGGUCAUAACACCAUUUAGCAAAUAAAAUCUUAAAAGUCCCAUAGAACAUGAGCAUAAAAGUUUUGAAUGUUAUGAGCUUAAUGAAAAACUGAUGUGUGGUCAUGAUUUAGCAUAAAUACAACUAAAUUCUUAGAAAGAAAUCCUAUUAUAGAACUUGUCUAAAAAACAAAUGCAGUUUUCAUUGGAAUUGAUAUUUUGUUUAGCUAUAUAAUGCAUCUAUUGAACUUGAUACAACAUUAUUGUUUUCAUCUUUUUUUAUUUUGAUAAUCAUUCAUAAUAAUUAUUGUUUUAACACUGAUGCAUCAUCUGUGCUAUGAUUUCAAAAGUUGCCAUUAUUUAUUUGUUACCAUUUUAGUAUCUCUAAGGUUCUUGGUAGUGUUAACACAGAACUGGUCUUUGGUGUAUACUUGUAACAUAUAUGACUAAUAUUAAAUAAUUAUUAGAGGUUAACAGUAAAUCAGUUAAUAGUAGUAAUGCCCUAUUUUUUUAUUUCAUAUUAAUUUUUCAAGUGAAAAAGACCUGAACAAGAUGCAAUGGAAAAAUAAGCCUUACUUGUUAGGAAAAGAUUGUAUGUUUAUAAAGUCUAAACAUUUGUUGCAGUUUUGAUAGGUUUUCUAGUAAAUUGGUUUUUAUUAUUUUAUUGAUUUUCACUGUUAUUGCUGUGAAUUUAAAUAAAUUUUUAAAAGUAAUUUUUUUCAAUGAAAAGAAGAAAAAAUAUCAAAAAGGCAAAAAUGAUAAUAAUAUGUUGCAUUAUAUAUGGUGCAAAUGUAUAUGCACAAAAGAUUCAGUAGUUCUAUAUAUUAUGGAUUGUAAAACUGUAUUUUAAUCUACCGGUGUUCAGUAGAAGAGGAUACCUAUUGAAAUUUCAACUUCUAUAGCGUUUUAUUGCAUGGCAUCUAAGGCAGAUAGGACAACAUGUAGACUCAUAUGACUACUGAUAACACAUGGAAUGGCAAUUUGUAGUCAGAUAAGGGGUUUUGGGUGGAAAGUCUUAGCAAAGAUACUUAUUUAAUGGUAUAUGGUAUAAACAGGGUAGUUGGUUUAGGAGGAUAUGAACAAUUCAGUUUUGAAAUAAAUUUGGUCCUUCAGAAACACAUUGAUAAAUAAUUACUAAGAUGCAACAACAUAGUUCAGCAAAGUUUCGACAUGGCCUGUCUGUCACACUGAGUUGACAUUAGUCAGAAACCCAGUAUGGUAUAUCAGUGUUUUCUGUAGUAUAACAUAGAUCUGUAACAUUUGGACAUGUUUGAAUUGUUAGGGUGAGGUCUAUAUCUCAAAGAUCCAAAAUGGUUACACUUUGAUAGUGGGUCAUUCAUCUCUAGCAGAUGUUGUAUUAAUGUAAGUUGUAUGAAUUUAGUUGAUCACUGACUGUGAAAAUGUAGGCUCUCAUAGUAUGAUAUUAUAUUUGUGGUGUGGCAGGUGGUUUUGUAAUAUGUAAAUUUAUUUACUAUUUUUUUUUAAAGAUAAGAUUAUAAUGAAUUAGUAGACCAACUUUUUAUACUGGUGGGAAGAUGGAGUUAGGAAAAUUUUAUGUUGCAUUAUUGUACUAGUAGUGUUACCACUUGUUUCAUCCUGCUGUUAAGCCAGAUAAGUUAUAUGGUGAAACAUUGAGAAAACUUGACAUAUUGUUGUAACACCAUUAUUAUAAGUUAUUUGGGUUAUGAUGCUGUUGUUAUCAUUGUCAUUCUAUAAACUAUUAAUCUCUGUGCAAUUAUUAAUUAUAUUAAAGAUAAUUAUAUUUCACAAAGGUAUUUCAUCUAAAAAGUUAUCUGUAUUAGAUUGACAAACAAAGUGGUAUUUUAAUGUAAGUAUUGGAUGAAUAAUGCAUUUAUUAUAUGAGAUGCAACUUGAAUCAAUUUGCAUUAUCAUCUUUUCACCAGAAAAAUCCAAGGUAAAUGCAUUUUGAUAGGUAUAUUAAAUACAUAGGCAAAGUAUAUGUUGUAAGUGGAAAAGUUUACUACAAUACACUAAAUAUUUCCUGUUUCCAAAGUUUACCAAAGUCAUGUCAUCAUUUUUAUAAUGCGAUGUUCAUUCAGUGAUCGUAUGAUCAGUACGGAUGCCUUUUAUGAUAUUAACAGCUUUCAGAUGCCCACUAUCUGGCAGACUUACUAUUGUACAGUAUUAUCCUACACAGAUGUGUUGUUUUAAUAUUUAAUUGUUAUUGUUGUGUUCUAAGUUCGUAAAAUAAGUGUAGGACAUUUUAAACCUUGUUGUACUAAUUGUUGUUAUUUAUCUGCUUGUUGACAAUAUAUAUUCAGAAAGUUAAAUGCUCAGUUCACUUAUUUUCUGCAAUUUUUAUCCAUUCAUUGCCAUUUGUUUACACUACAAGCUUUUUUUUAAACAGAUAGUCAUUAAGUUAACCCACCUGUUGUAAAUAUUUCUAUUGUGAUUUGUAACUAAUGUCACAUUCCCACAUUACUUUAGUCUGGUUCCAGAAUUCACAGUCGGACAUGGAUCCAGUUCAACAUAUAAUUGAUAUGUAGAACUCAGUGGAUUCUAAUGAUGAUUUGUGUUCUGGUUCAGAGUUCAUACAGUUAUUUUAGUAUGCUGGACAUAUAUUGACCCUGUCAUCUGCAUAUGUUUAUUUUUCUUCAUAGUACAUUGUGCAUAAUGUUGUACUGAGAAUAUUUAUAUUUGCUCAUCAGCAUUUUUUAUGUAUAAAUUAUGUUUCAAUUCAGGGUUUAUAUAUUUUGGUUGAUAUAAACAUAUAUAGUACAUCAUAUAUAAUUAAAAGGUAAAAUUUGC